AUGCCAGCACUAAUGUGGUUACUGAGUGCUCUUCUUCAGCUAGGAAUCCUAGAGGUGCACAGAGUAGAAGCCUGUGGGAGGCCAAUAUUAUCCAAUCGGAUAGUGGGAGGACAGGAUGCUUCACAGGGGGAGUGGCCAUGGCAGGUCAGCUUACAAAUAAACAAUGGUCAUGUCUGCGGAGGAUCAUUAAUUACUGACACCUGGGUGAUGACUGCUGCUCACUGCUUUGAAAUGUCUCAGAAUGCAUUAGAUUUCACGGUUUAUCUUGGAGCCUAUCAACUAUCAAACCUUAAUAACUCCCAUGUGGUGUCUAUGAAGGUGAAACAGAUAAUUAUACACCCGGACUUCACAGAAGAAGGAUCCAGUGGGGAUAUUGCACUGAUAGAGCUGCAGAAAGCUGUUACUUUUAAUGCUUAUAUCCUUCCUGUCUGCCUCCCAUCUCCCGAGGUCCAGCUGGCAACAGGGACUAUAUGCUGGACUACAGGCUGGGGAAACAUUAAGUCUGGAGUUCCCCUGAAAGCCCCCCAGACACUGCAGGAAGUAGAUGUGGCUCUGAUUGACCGGACACGUUGUGAAGCCAUGUACCAGUACAGUCUGGGUUAUAAUCCCAGUUUCCAUCUGAUACAAGAGGACAUGAUCUGCGCUGGGUACAAGGAAGGACUGAAGGAUUCUUGCCAGGGAGAUUCAGGAGGCCCUCUUGUAUGCCAACUGAAUAAUGCCUGGAUACAACUUGGCAUCACCAGCUGGGGUUUAGACUGUGCACGUCCUAACCAACCUGGUGUCUACACACGUGUCCAGUCUUACUUGCCUUGGAUAAAGCAGUAUGUGCCCUUAAUUGAAUCUAGUGAAGCAGGAAAAGUGACCAGUUUACCCAGCAACUCAAACACCCCUGCCAAAGUAAGUUCUCUCUCUUUGGGUCAAACUAGAGGAAAUCCCACAGUGAAAACAACUGAAUCAAAACAGGAGAUGACAUCUACACCUACAUUGAUGCCAAACACCAUUGACCUAAACUCAAGAAAUACAAUAAACUCAACAUCUUUAAUGCUGGAGCUCUUGUUUGGAAAUAUAACUGUGUCCUCCAACACAAGUAGCUCAGUGGAAUACACAACUAGAAGAAGCUCAAGUGUAUCAAAUGUAGAACCUGAGACGGCAGAUUUAUCUACAGAUCCAAAUGUUGUCUUGAACACAAUAAUAAGCUACAUGUCUUAUAGUCCAAGUACAAUUGAUGGAAAUUUCACAUUGAAUACGACCCUAAACAAAAUGGAGCUAUUGAUUAAAAAUGAAGCCCAUCCAAACAAAUGCUAUAAACGUAGCAUAAUGCUUGUUCUUAUGUGCCUGGUUAAUAUCAUUCUAUUAUGA